UUAAGGCCUCUCAUCCGCUCCCUUCCCUUCCUUCCUCACCUUGACCUACCAUCCAGCUCCUCUCAAAAAUCUUUGAGCUUUUCUUUUUUGUUGUUUUAUUUUUCUUUCUUGGUAGGAGUAACAAUAGUUUUGGUUCUCCUCCUUUCUCUCUCCCUGUAUCCAAGGAGAGAAAUCCAGAGGCAAAGCUUCAGGGUUUGUAAAUUUUCUGGAUCUAAUCGACUAACAAAGAAAACCAAAAAAAGAAGAAGGAAGAAGCCAUGAGCCACUUCGCCGCCAUGAAGAGCCCUGUCCCGGUCGCCGCCUCCGCCACCGCCGCCGACGCGAAGAGCCCUCUCUUCUGCCCCAAGCCGCGCCGCCCGGUCGCGCCCCUCCGGUGCCACACCGACGCCGGCUCCGGCAUGGAUCUGCUCGACCUCCUCCUCUCCAAGGGCGAGGAGAGCAGCCUUUCGGCGGCGUCCCCGCUGUUCUGCGGCUCGCCGCCGCGGCGGGCCUCGAAUCCGGUGGUCCGCGACAGCCGCUUCGGCAUGGACUGCCCGCCCAAUCCCAUGCCGGGGUGGCCGGCGGCGUUGCUGGUGCCACCAGUAGCGGCAGCGGCCACGCCGGCGCCGGUGGCCGUCCGCCCGGCGGCGCCGCCCAUGUCGCCGCGCGGCGCGGCCGGCUGCGCCCGCGCCCGGUUCGGGUUCCAGCCGGCUGCCGUCCGCGUCGAGGGUUUUGACUGCCUCGACCGCGGCCGCGGCGGCCGGGGCCAUGGCAUCGCCGCCAUGGCCUAGAUGCACAUACAACAACACCCAAUAACCAGCGAAAUCUUCUCCCCUCAGUAGUGCAAAAUUGCUUGGAGGAGAGAAGAUGAGAGUGAGGAGAUGAGGAAGUCUUCAAGUCCUAAAUUUAACCCCUAAAAACUACAUAAUCCAUCCAUCUAUCCGUCCAAUCCCAUAAGUAUAAUGAGUUUAGGUAAUUUUACCACGAAUCUUUUUUGUAUGUAAAUAAAAUUUCAGGUUCAGGUUGAGUUUCAGGUCUAUGCCCCCUUCAUGUAAAUUUGGGAGCUUCUAGUCUGGGCAAAAUGGGGUAGAAAAUUUAGAGGGAGAUGAGAGGGACAAAGGGCAUAAAGGAAAACAAAAGUUUAGCCGCCCUCUUGGAUGAAUCAAUUUCCAUGAGUCCCUUUUGCCUUCCUUUGGGAUUAGUCAUUCAAUUAGGUUGGAGGGGAGGGCUGGGGAUUAGUUAGGUACCUGUCCUAGUUUCAUUUGUCAUCAUGCUUGUUUUUGGUUUAUGAUGGAAUCGUUUUUUGUCCAUGCAACCAAGAAAUUAUCCAAGGCCAAUGGAGAUGUGUACAAAAGAGUGGCUACAAGAAGAGAUUAAUCAGCUAGCUAGGUUUAUUAAGUCAAAUGAGUGAGUUGUGUGUGUGAGAGGGAAGAUGCAUGAACGAUGUAUUUGUGAUAUCUUUUUUGUUUUUGUAUAUGUAAUAUAUUGUUGGAUUCUCGUUGAAGCAAUAUGAAUCAUAUCUUAUGCCAUGAUUAUCA